CGAUGCAACAAAAAUUAAGCAUCAAUCAAAACAAACAUUAUAUUUAAAUUAACAACGCAAUACACGAAUACAAUACAAUCGGUAACAACCAUCCAAACCAAGUGUAACAUUUUCUUUCAUAUAUAAAUAUAUAAAUCUCUCUCGAUUUCCAAGAAAUAUAUCAGUUAGAAACUUCCAAAACUUUUAAAAAGUCCACUUUUUUCAUACUCCAAAAUCUCAUAUUUCCUCCAUCACCGGCAACAACCCACCGGAAAGCACCCGACCCGACCCGUUUUAUUGCCAUGACUUCCAGUCUAAGCCCACUAGGAACAGCUCUAACAAUAAUAUUCAUCAUCAUCUUCCAAAGAGCUUCUUCUUUUUUUAUUCUGUCUUAAAACACAACAAACGAAUAUCUCUCGGGUAGAACCCGACCCGAACCCGAGUUCCCAUGAUCCGGUGGAAAUGGAGCUUAUUGAUUUGUUGAAGCUACAUGAUAUGUAUGGACCAUCGAGAUUUCUGUUUACGAUAAACGAAGAAGAGAAAGAAGAUUUGGAAUCGGAUAAAUCGGAUGAGAAAAUGAAGAGCAUGAGCUUAAAGGAGUGUAUGAAAAUUGAUGAAGACUCGCCGGAAAACUUGCCAGAGUCGCCGGAAGUGAUGUCGGAGUUGCCGGAAAAGGAGUUAGUCGGCGAAGAGUUGCCAGAGGAGGUGGCAAUUGAUUAUGAUUCUAUGGAGAAUAAAACGACUCCGUUUUCAACUCCUUGCGAUUCGCCGUUUUACUUAACUCCGGUGGCUUCUCCGAGGCGUGAAGGGAUCAUUUAGAAGCUGAUUAGAGUUAUGCAAGGGUUAGUAAUAUAAGGAUUAGUUAUGAAGGAAUCUAUAUAUUAUUUUAUGCACGAAUUAGUUAUUUAUAUAAUAGUUAUUUCACUUUU